UACAAUCGAAUUGGACACGUUCGUGGAAGAGUAGAUUGUUGGAUUAGCCAUUGCUCCCUUUUAGUUUUUAUAUUUGGAUAUGGUUACAUAUUCUUUGUCUUAACCAACACAACCUGAGUUGGCCAAACAUAUAGGGAAUAUAUAUCUUUAUGAUGUCUACCUUGGCACCAACAAGACAACUCAGUCGAUUGAAGCACAACAGUAGCACCAGUUCAUUUCAGUCGCUAGGAAAAAAUGGAAAGAAAAAACUAGUUGCCAUUCCAAAAAACGCUCAAGAACUGAUAAAACUAUUGGAAACUUUAUGUGGACAACUUGACAGUCAUCAAGAGUGGGAAAAGCGAGUAGAUGCGUUGAAAACCUUGUCUUUAGUUGCAAACGAAUUGUUCCAAGCAAAAGAAGAAGACAACACGAAUACAGAAGAUAAUCGUGCCUUGUUUGAUAUAUUUAUUGAAAAUCUUCGAACUCUUCGUUUGGUGAUGAAUGAUGCUGUAACCGACUUGCGUUCAGCAGUAGUGCGCGAAGCCUGUCAAAGUUUAGUUGAAUUGGCGAAAAUGGCAAAAGGUGCUAUAGCUGAACCGUUGGCAGAGUCCUUAUUAGCUCCUUUGGUAAAGAUAACUCCAGUUACAAUAGCCAUUAUUGCAGAGUCUGGAGCUAGUGCUGCAAAAGCUCUAGUAGAAUAUGUCCAAAGCAUUCGAAUGGUCAGAGCUACUGCAGACGUACUGAAUAUUCAUGGUUUGGCUCCAGCUGCUAGAAAUGUUGUGGCCGAACUUGUUUGGCUUUCACUGCAGCAUCAGAAACCAACUGAUAUUGAAAAGUGUGUAGAAUCCUUUGAAAAAGCAAUCCAUUCCGGAGUACAAGAUGCAUCAGCGAAUGUUCGAUCCACUAGUCGAAAGAAUUUCUGGUUAUUUGCCAAGUUGUUUCCUAAUAGAGCCCAAACGAUGGUAAAAUCCUUAGAUUCUGGAGUUUUGAAGUCGAUUGGUGAAGAGAAACCAAAAGAUGCUCCCUUUAUUCAAUUGGUGUUUUUAGAUGACGGCAAUCAAAGUAUUUCUUCUCAUUCAAUGUUGCACAAACCUCGCAAGUCUAUUUCAUCUUUUAAUUCGGUUGGAAAACAACAAACGAUAAGUCUACAAAACGAUUCCACCGAACAAGCCUCUUCUACUUCUUCUACCGGUCACAGUACAGAUACUACCAAAAGUGAAAAGAAAAGAAUGGAUUCUAAACGUUAUAAGAGGAUAGGUGAAAUUUCUACUCCUACAAAGUCCAUAUCGAAUUUAUCUGGAAACAAAAUCAAACAACUAGGAAGACAUAGUCGUCCUCCUUCAUUGAGUUUUUCUCCUCUUCCGGACACUCCUACUACAAAUUCACAAGACGAUAUUACUAGAGAGACCAUUCAGAGCAAUCGUUCUUCUUCAAUAACUCAAAAAAACUCAACGAAAAAGUCUUCAUCGAUGCGAAAAUCCGAUAUCGGAAAGCUUCCUCAACGCGUUGCCAUAUCCAAUGAGAACACAGCUUCUAUUACUGAUGUUCAAAGUGAUUCAUCGCAUAGUACUAUUUGUGAUGAUUUAAAGAGAAACAAAACUAUCGCAGAAGAUAAUUAUAAAGCUUCCAUUGUACCUUCUGUGACUAGUGAAACUGGUCGACAGGUAUUGUCUCAUAUGGAUGUUCGAUAUUCUGGUGCUACUUCAGAGACUACGAUGGAUAGCAUAUGGACCAGGAGAAAAGUAACAGAAUCUGAUUUAAGAAAACUAUUUGGUAGAAUUGUGGCAGCUACAGAUUGGAAAGUCAAGGUCAAUAUUCUUGCCAGAAUUGAACGAGAUAUUGCUUUGUAUUUGGCAACCAAACGAGAACGUAAGAAUCAAGCGUCUCAUCCGGAGACAUUCUUGGAAGACGAAAGCUUAUUCACAGAAAAUACUUUGCAGUUAUUAUUGCAGUAUUUAAGUCCAUUGGUUGGAGAGUCGCAUACCAAAGUAGCAGCAGCAGCUCUUCAAUUGUUAUCCAAAGUAUUCCAAACAUUUGAACAAAGCCCAAUAGAUUAUCCCAACAAAGAACAACAAAAACUUGUACAAAUUCUUGAGAAGGAAGGAACGCUCAUUCGAAGGUUAUUCCAAAGACUUUCGGACCCCAACUCUUUUGUGCGCAGUAGUAGUGCUACAACUAUUGAAGAUUUAGGAAAAGCGAUUCCUUGGAUUCAAUUAAGAAGUAGUAUUAUUUGCAAGAGUUGUUUAGCUCCUAUUGCUUCUAGUGGUUCCAAUUUGGAUUCUUCACCAAGAGUAAUGCUUCAUGCAUUGUUGCACUUGAGACAUUCUUAUCGAAAUUGCAAAGAAUAUCGCAAACAAACAGAACAACCGAAUUUAUUAGAGAGUGAAUCAUUAUACAAGACUACCACUUCCAUUUCCAUGACUGGCAAUAUUGCUGAACCUGGUUCUUCACCUGUCAAUCGAUUAUCUACAAGUGCUGAUGUAGCAGAAUUUGUUCAAUUGAUUAUAAGUUAUAUUGCUCCUUUAGCUUAUGAUAAGAAUGCCGAUCUACGUAAAGCAGCUUGUGAUGUCCUUGUAGAACUUGAUGAACUAAUCGAUCCUGCCACCCUAUUAGUUGGAGCAACUUCAGUAGAAGAUGGUAAACAUCUCAAUUUGAUACGCAAGUUAGGAUUGUUGGAUUCGAAGAACGAAAUGCCCACUUCUCAAUCUUCCUCCAUAACAGAUAACUUGGCGUCUAAUCCAACUCCAGAUGAGUCUUACAAGAAGAAUGAAAGUAAAGAAGAUUCUUUUGAGCAUUCUUCUGUUGAUGUCAAUCGUGAAGUGGAUAGCCAAACUGGACAUGUAGGAAAUUUACAUCCGCAAUUUCAGGAUAUGUCGAUAUCCAAAGAGUCUGUGACUGAAAAAGUUGAAGAAGAAGAAUAUACUGCCAGUCUUAUUUGUCAAUUAUUACAAAAGGCUCAAGAAAGUGCGAGUGAAAAAGAUAGGUUUGGUUAUUUGUCUCAAAUUCGAGAUGCUUUAAGAAAUCCUUCAUAUUGUCUCGAUAUAUCUCAAGUGAAGCAAAUUUUAGGAAUGUUUUUGCCUGUUCAUUCCUUUAAGAAUGCUUCGAACGAUACCCAUUGGAAAGGUUCUUCUACUUGUUUUCAGACGAUGAAAGAAGGAAUUGAAAUGGAGUGGAUGUUAGAGAUUUUGUUGCGAGAAUUGUGGAAACAAAGUCCUCCACUUGUAUUAUUAAAUGUAUUGGAAUUUUAUAUUCAAGACUGGAUUACAACAAAUGGCAGUCUUCGAGAUGCUUCUUCUACGACAUCCGUUGCUACUAUACAAGUUCUUUUACAAGGUACAGAGUCAUUGCUAAAAGUAUUUUUUGAAAGUCAAUUGGAGUUGGAUGAAGUGAAUGAAAAUCGAUGGAAUCGAAUCAUUACUUUUCUAUUACAAUGUGUUGAACAUCCUCAUUUAGAUAUUCGCAAGUCUGCAGUGAAAUGUUUAGCUGAAAUUCAACUUCACAUAGGCGAAUUGAAAAGUACAAGUCCAUCAUUGAAUAUUACACAAAGAAAGUUGGUGGAAUGUUAUAUUGAAAUAUCCAAUAAGAAGAUUCCUUUCUAGUCGAGAUUCUUUGUGUAUUCUUCCUUU